AUGUUUGAGGAAGGUGAGAAUAUAAAUAUGUUCAGCGGACACAAGCGACGCAUUCCAAUGUUUGUACCUCAGUCAUCUUCCGUCCUGAUGCAACUGAACGCAUGGCUUUCGGGUAAACGACCGGAAUUCGUCAAUCCCCGUGUGGUGGCCAGCGGUGAUGGUAGAGAAGUAACACGAGUACAAACCCAAGGCUUCGUUGAUGUGAUUUUCAAUGUGGCCACAAAGAAUUUGCACAACCUUGGCUAUCGUGUUGGAUCGAAAUCGGACGGGACCGCGGACGAUUUGCUUAUGAUGGUGGGCAACGAUUCACUCAAUUUGUAA